AUGAUCCUAAGAAUAGUCGGUCGACAUGUCCGCGCUCCCCGAAGCCGGCAGUCCGCCGUCAUACUCCGCCCUAUGUCAUCACCGCCGUCAGCCCAUAUCGAGCGCGAGCACCAAACUCUCCUCCUCCCAACCGGUCACCAAGUCGCGUGGGCGGAGUACGGGCCGUCAGACGGACUACCUCUAUUCGCAUUUCAUGGCUUCCCGUCGUCGCGCUUCGAAUUUGGCGCAAUGGCCAAGGUCGCGGAGAAGAAAGGCAUCAGGUUGAUCUGCCCCGAUCGACCAGGCUUUGGACUCUCUGCCCUACGGUCCGUACCGACCGCUCAAAACCCUCAGAGUCAGAUGGAACUUCCCCGUAUCGUCGACUACCCCAAUACUGUACUGGCCCUCGCCGAUCACCUAUCCCUCCCUCGCUUCGCCGUCGCAGGCUUCUCAGGCGGCGGACCUUUCGCUGUCGCCUGCGCCGCCAGUCUACCCACGGACCGCUUGGUCUCGGCGGGAAUCGUAGCAUCCGGCGGUCCCUGGAUCGACUCUCGCCAAUCCCCUUCUGUCAACACCUCCAUUCCCUCAGACGACACCAUCAAUGCCGCAGACUUACAGCGCCACGUGAUGUGGAUACCCUACCUCUUCUCCUCGGCGGUCUAUCGCGCGCCGGCGGUGACGAGCUGGGUCCUUGGCUUUCUGGUCGGCGGAAUCAAGCGACUGCUUCAAAGCCACGCUGUCCAGAGGCGGGCGGAGUCCUGGAUGCUGGAUCAGUGGAAGAAGGCAAACAAAGGGGAGUCGGACGCGGAGGAAAGGGAGCGGAUCGGAAAGGCGAGGGAGAUGGUCACGCGUACCAUUCUGGAGGCGUUCAGACAAGGGGCCGAUGGGGCGGUACACGAGGCGAGGUUGCUCUCGUCCGACUGGGGCAUCGACUUUGGAGGGAUCAAGGAGAGCGUCGGCCUCAGGAUCUGGCAUGGAUCAAAGGACGCCAAUGCACCCAUCAAUCAAAUUAGGUAUCUCGCCCAGAGGAUCCCGGGCGCGGUACUCACGGAGUAUGAUCAGAACCACUUUGGAGUUGGCGCUCAUAUCGAGGAGAUCUUGGAGGAGCUUACGGGCCCGUUGAGGGAACAGGAGCAAGGAUCCGAUACGUAUGAUCGCGGGAUCAUAAUCGAAUGA